CGUAUGGCUCAGUUCUGGCCAUUUAUUCGACUCACUUGUUACACACACUAGCGAAAGAGAGUGAUUGAUCAGUGAGAAUACGAAGAGGGCUGAUCGGCACUUGUUUACUGCGUGUAUGAAAGUACCCGAUCCAAGUUCAAACGUCAACAACGGUUGGCUCUCGCGGCAGCAGCAUAUCUUUUCGUUGCCUAUCCUAUGUGGCUCAGGUGAUGUUGUUACACAAAGUAUUUUGGAGACAUGGUAGAAGAAAUGAGGAAGAGAAGAGGCACAUGUAUAGCCGAAAACAGAAUUCUUGAUUCUUAUCGUACAACCAGAGCACUCUACGUUGGUGGCGACCACAGCGAUUUGGCCAUGAACGAGCAUGAUCUCGCAAAUUAACAACCAUACCUGCACCAUAAGAUUACCAGGAAGGCUAGAUACCCGCGUUAGACCCUCAAAUCAAUCUCAACCCGACCAUCCGCAGCUCCUGUCGCACAGAGAUGAUCGGAGCAUUCCCGUUCUAUCCAAUCACCAUAUCUUUGACACUCCUAGCCUGUAUACACAUCAGUGUGCAUGUAUCCCCAAGCACCAACAAGCCAAAAGUCAGCAAGGAUCCGGUCCGUUUGCGGGCAUGUCCGCGUUUUGUGCCCUGUUCACCUGCCGCUGGCCCUCUUGUAUGCUGGCCUCUAGAGGCCAGAUAGAAAGAAAGGUGAUGGCCCGCGUUUGACGCAAAGUGGGGCUAGAUGCUGGAUUAGACGCUGAUGGCUUGCUUUGCAUACACCGAAGCAAAAUUUCUAUCAUGGACAACCACGACAUAAUUGUUCCAUGUACAACAUGAUAUCAAACAUCAACGGUGGGGCCAAUACGUCGAAUGCUUGGUAAUCGCAUCUCUGCUCACUCUAUUUUGGGUGCAGAAAAGACCGCGUUGGUGAAUCUUCCGGUGUGUGAGCGUGUAUACACAUGUCGUAUACGUCGUCAAUGGGAUCCAAGCGGCAUGCACGACGAAAUGUCAGUAAGUGCAUUAGCUCUGCAU